GGACCUGCUCCUCAAGGUCUCAAAUUCCACUUGCACUUACUCCUAGGGAACAAAGGGACAUCCGUCCUAUAGAAGGUACUAAACAAGAAAGGAGAAUGAAGGUUCGUCAUGAUCCAAAAACUAGGAUCAGCCCUCCUCAGGCCUCCUUUCCUCGGGUCACUACUCCUCAACCCGAGGACCAACUCCUAGAUGUUCGUCCAUCCCAACAAGCUCCUACUCCCCAAGUGGGUCUGGAAUGGAAUCCCUAG